GUGCUCUCAACAGCUGUUCGGCUUGAAUGCUAUUUCCUUUGUCUGCUCUGACCGUGAAAAUGCUAAGUGGAAAGGAAUGACGGCUUUCGUUUUCAUUCGUAAUCGGUAAAACACACUAUGUAUAUGCUGUGUAAGAUACGAAAUAGAUUUUAUCACUCCAUGGAUUAAGAAAUACGAAAGCUAUAAAAUGAUGAUUUGAACUUACAAUUCUUUACCUAGCCGCACGUAUCAAGCCAGUUGAAACACGAGCGAAUGAGUAAACGCGGUCUUCGUGUGUUUGAACUAUCACAUUCAGCGCUGGGACUGCUACUUUAAUUCUUCCGUGGAUAUUACAUACCAAGCAUAUCUGCUAGUCAGUAGCGACGUGUUUGAAAGUAGACAACGAUAGACAAAUACAUUAAUUCCUAGCCCCUACAAUGUUUCUUGGAACUUAAUUUUCUGAACGUCGGUAACGAGCGCGUGUAGAUUCUCUCUUGUCAGCAGGGAAGCCGUAAUCGACUGUUAUGCUAAACAUCUGAAUUGUUUCUCGCGACUGAGCUAUCGAUCGCUUUGUACCGUCUGUAUGAUGUCUACGUAAUUUAUUCGUACGACAAAAUGGCAAAGUGGCAGGCUACUUCGUAAGGCAACAUACGUUUUAAUGUAAAUGCCACCAUUAAAGAAAGGAAAUACAUUCACAAGAAUGGAAGGCUCGCUCGACAUGCCGGACUCGUCCACUUACAAACAGGGGCAGACGUGUGAAUAAAAGACAUCAUCGGAAUAAAACGUUACCAGUGUGUUUGAUCUGCAGCGUCACAUCGGUCGAGCGGAAAGGGAGGUUUCAGCAAGGCGCUGUAAUCGCAAACUCGCUUGUCGGAAGUGCCGCUAGGCGGCAGCACCGCAGCUAGUGACGCGGCUCGUCGCUCAGUGAUCAGCUGUGUUUGGCGGCAGAGAGUCGAGUGAGAGGUGGCGGUGUAGGUGCGCACAGAAGAGUUGACAGAUUCAGCUUUUUAUUGUGAAGAUAUACUUGCGUCCUCUUUGAUACAAGAAUCCCGUUGACACAACGCACGGGUAUUUAAAGAGUGCCAUUGUGAAACAAAGAUCUGAGCAUAUGCUCUAUUAUCGGGAACAAUAACUUCUGGGGAAUAGACCGUCUUCUGAAACGGUUCUAGAAAUGAUAGCAUAAAAAGCUGCAAGAAGCAUUCUGAAGUAGGACGACAAGAAAACGUUGUGAUGUACAGCAUGCAUGCAAUCGGAAAAUUCAUAAGCAACUUCAGGGACUUCUACAAUGAAAUCAACGCAGCAACGCUAACAGGAGCAAUUGACGUGGUCGUUGUUGAACAACCCGAUGGCAAUUUUACGUGUUCACCAUUUCAUGUUCGCUUCGGAAAACUGGGGGUUUUGCGUAGCAGGGAAAAAGUGGUGGACAUUGAAAUAAAUGGCGAGCCGCAAGAUAUUCAUAUGAAAUUGGGAGAGAGCGGUGAGGCAUUUUUUGUUGAAGAAGUUCCAAGUGGUAAUGGAUCGGAUGAAUACAUACCACCACAUUUAGCCUGCUCUCCGAUACCUCAAGAUUUUUUCCCACCACAUUUUGCAAGUCGGGAGCUUCACGAGGAAGAGACAGCAGCAGAAGCCGAUACCGACGUCCAUCACAGCAGUGACAGUAUACAUGAUGAAACUACGUUUGUAAUGGAUGAUGUAUCUAGUCACCCAGAUGAUCAAAAAGACAACACAAGGUCUUUCGAAAGUACCACGGGCAAAGAAGUUACUGAGUCUCAGUUACCUGAUAGUGCUUCACUAAUUCAGCCAAAGACUUUUUGUGCAGAAACUCUGAAUGAAAGUAGUGAUUCAGCCGAAAAGGUCCGUAAAAUUAGCAUUGUUCAAGGAGAGUUUAGGCCGAUUUCGGUGGAUGGAGAUUUUGAGCUAGGUGAAAGUACACACACUGGCGCUCAGCAUGACAGUGUUGCUGUUGCCUCUCAGAGCUUAUCACAAAGGAAGGAUUCGCAUAAAGAGAAUUCCGCACCAUCCGAGGACAGUUUGAAACCUGUAAAUUCAAACAAUAGGAGGAAGAAGCGUAGGAAGUCAUUGAAGAAAAAGGCUGGUCAGAAGAAGACCAAUGGAGGAGGUGGCUCAAGCAGUCAAACAGAUCAUUCCGAACUGUCAGAGGGCCGGGAGGCGAAGGACCAAGAUGAUGUCGCAGAACAGUCGUGCCACGAUGAACAGGCUGAACCACCUGUCACAUGCAGCCACCUUGGAGGUGUUAUUGUGGACAGUGAUGUGACAACAGUGUACUGUUCAGAGUGUGACACGUGUCGUAAAAGCCAGUUAAAGCCAACAAUUACAGUCAGCAGUCCAGAUCCACAUACUUCUGUGUGUGAUGCAGAGCCUGAUAGUGUACUUGUUGCAGCGGCCAGUAACUUGGCUGAGCUUUCAAGGAUACAGCAUGCUUCCACAGAGACUGACUUCCAUUUCUUCAGUGACACUGAAUUGACUCCAGGAUGCAGCCCACAGGACUCACGUCCCAGCUCCCCAGUGCAGUCAGAUACAGAGUACGAGGUCAACAGACAGUCAAAGGGUGUUAGUACGGAAGGAUGCCUCAGCCAAGAUGAACAUGGAGUAAUGCAGCAGUCAUGGCGAUGGGGAGAACUGCCUUCCCCACCAGCCAGAUCUCUGUCCACACAGAGCCCACGUGUGAUGACUAAGGAGAAGCCUGACCUGGAGCCGGUAUCUUCUAGUGAUGAGGAUGUCCAGAAACAGCAACAAGCAGCAGAGGCAGCGCAGAGGUCCAUGCUGAGUGGCAUGUUCAGUUUUAUGAAGAAGACAAAAAGGAUUCGCCACAACCCAGAGUCUGAAGGAAUCUACUUGUCUGAUCUCAAUAUGGAUGAACUGGACCCUGAGGUGGCUGCCCUGUAUUUUCCCACAUCUUACAGGCAGGGCCCCUCUACUGCUGCUCCUCAACAUCUUCAAGAAGAACCACAAGAGAGGCAGAGAGAAGAUGAUGCAGAGUCAGGAAAUGGAACGUCUCUACCUCAGUCUCCAAACAGUGUUGAAGGAGCAGUUUGUGGUCCAAAGUCUUUGGAUAGUGAUUUUGAUGAAUUGAAACACUCAGUUUUUGAAAAAAAAUCAUAUGGAGAAAUAUCCUUGUCUCUUUGUGGUGGCUUAUCAGAUGGAAGAAAAGGACCAUCAGAGGAUGCAUUUCUACAGAAUAUUAUUGCAUAUGAUGAUAUCGUUAGAGAUCCAAAGAUUAUUGAGAGCCCAAAUUUAGUUGUGAGAUUUAAUGGAAAGUUCUACAACUGGAAGACAGCUUGCCCAAUAGUGAUGUCACUUGUAGUUUAUCAAAAACCCCUGCCUCAGGAAGUAAUUGAUACACUGUGUGCCGAGUACAUGACAAGUAAGAAAGAUUCAAAGCAGUCAACAUACUCUUCGUGGUUUUAUUGGAGACGUGCAAGCCAGUCACAGAAACGUGAUGAAGCUCCUUCCCAAGAACAGGAGUUAUCAUCUCCUGAAGCAGAGAGGUUGUCUGAUGUGAAGGAGGAUGCUUCAGUUACCAGUGGAGAAAUGCCAGAACUGAAAGAUACCUCCAGACUGAAACAGAAGAGCUUGAGUGAAGAGGAGGAUAUGGCAAAAGAAACGGAAAAGCAAGAGCUACCAAAAUCAGAGACAAAAGAUAUUAAAACUGAUGAAAUAGAAUGUUCGCAAGAAGCAACCUUCCAGGAGUUGGAAACAAUGACAGCUGCUCAGAAAGAAUCAAAAGAGGAAGGGUACAGUGGUUCGAACUCUUCAGAUGAGUCAGAUGGUGGCCAAACAAAACAGCAAAUCGUGAAGAAACCUCUUGAGAAGAGAUCCUAUUAUGAUCAUCCAGAAAAGUACAGGAAAACUUUGCGUCUUUCUUCUGAUCAGAUUGCUAAGCUAAAUCUCCAGGAAGGUGCUAAUGAGGUUGUCUUCAGUGUUACCACAGCAUACCAAGGAACAACUAGGUGCAAAUGCCACAUAUACCGUUGGCGUUAUGAUGAUAAGAUUGUUAUCUCUGACAUUGAUGGGACAAUUACCAAGUCUGAUGUUCUUGGGCAUAUCUUACCCAUUGUUGGGAAGGACUGGGCACAGAGUGGAGUAGCUCAACUUUUCACAAAAAUAAAAAAUAAUGGCUAUAAACUGUUAUAUCUCUCAGCACGGGCCAUUGGUCAGGCACGUGUAACAAGAGAAUAUCUUAAGUCUAUAAAACAAGGGAAUCUCUCGCUGCCUGAGGGCCCACUGUUGCUCAACCCCACCAGUUUGAUCAGUGCAUUCCACAGAGAGGUAAUAGAAAAGAAGCCUGAGGAAUUCAAGAUCUCAUGCCUUCGUGAUAUUCAAGCUUUAUUUCCAGAAAACAGCAAGCCAUUCUAUGCUGGAUAUGGCAAUAGAAUUAAUGAUGUAUGGGCGUAUCGUGCUGUGGGCAUUCCAAUUUUCAGAAUAUUCACCAUUAAUCACAGGGGGGAACUGAAACAUGAAUUGACGCAGACAUUCCAAUCUUCGUAUUCUAACAUGAGCUACAUUGUGGAUCAGAUGUUUCCACCUCCUCCAGAAGAUACAGCUGAAGAUUUCUCCAAUUUUGUCUAUUGGCGAGAUCCAAUUGCUGAGAUAGAACUGGAUCCAUCACUUGUGUCAGGCCAUUCUGCAAUAUCAGCUAAUGAGGCAGGACACAAGAAAGCAGCUGGCACAGCUUAGUUAUUAUUUAUUCAUAUAAAUACCCUCGUUUAGAUUCUCUGCCACAUUGUUCACUUGUUACACAAGUCGUGAAUUAAAAAAAAUUGCUUUAAAAGAGUUGUAAAUGUGUUUGUAGCUAGCAGAUGAGCCAUUUUAUGAAUUAAAUACCAGGCUUUGGUGUGUGUGUGUGUGUGUGUGUGUGUGUGUGUGUGUGUGUGUGUGUGUAGAAAUGUGGUUGACCAGAGAAAGCAGCUUGCAUUGAGUAAUUUUUAAGUGCCAACAAUUUUUUGACAGUAUUUCGGCACUGUUAGGUGCAAAACUAAACUGGAUUGUAAUAUUCUGUCCUUUGUACUUGAUUUUAGGUGCUAAAAUAUACAUUGUGAUUGAUUCUCCAGAACAAUAGGAGUUCCUGUUUGCAAAUUUACUAAAAAGCCAUUAGUUAUUUAUUUUCUUUGUGCCCAUAUUGUGACAAAAAAAAGAAAAAAAAGUGAAACACAAGGUUCCAUGAAAUGCCUUAGACUGUUUGUUGUAUUUAAUGAUGAAUUAAGUUUUUUUUCCAAUUGAGCUUGCUCCUAAGUGUAACAUCCAAUGUUAUUAGAGGCUACAGCACAUUAUAUCAGUUUAAAUAAUUUGACCCAAACUGAUAUGGUUUUCUACUGAUGUUUUUGUAGAAAGGUUAGGUAGCUAUAAGUUGUGAGUCAUGCUUCUGUUUUUCCCCAUUCUCGAGGAGAAUUUUGUGAUAUAUGAUUAAGUUCAGAAUGAUUCCUAUUGACCUUAUAGUAAUUUUUGUACAUAGUACCUUAUCAAUAUUUUUUUAGGUCAUAAAUUUUGAUUUUUUUCUGAAACAUGUUUGAUCUCUAUUAACUCCAUUCCAGAUUAUAUAGGUCUGGUGUCAAGUAUCUGUUGCAUAAAAAAUGAGUUUGUAACUUCGUUUAAAUGUAGAAAUAGAAAGUUUAUAUAUGUUGCACUGUUCGUAUGACUGUUCAUUGACAGUGUAUUUAUUUACACUUCUUGAGCACUAAUACAAAGACUGAGUAAUGUACAAACUAGCGCUUCACCAGACCUCUUUUGUUAGCGCAAGUAAUUUAAAUUUAGUCAACACACCAUAUAGUACAAUAUUUUGUAUUUGUUUUAUUGUGUUUUCCUUCGUUGUAUGAAGGUUUGUGCUAUUUGUACCAUUUAUGUAACACUCCUUGUGUACUGAAUUAAAAUACUUGUGUCUUUUCUGACAGCAUCUAUUAGUUCAGCUUUAGUGAAUGUAAUUUGUUUUUUUGUUUUUUUUUUUUUUUUCCUUGUUUCAAAUGCCAUGACAUUUUGUUAAGUCCAGAGCACAAUACACCAAAUAAUGUUUCAAUAAAAGACUUGUGAUGAUAUAAAACAAUUUUCAAUUAUAUUUCAGUACUCAAUGUUAUUUUGCCAGUGUCAUACAAACAAGAUGAAUGACUCAGUCAAGUGAAGAAAUAAAUUACAUACUGUAAA